UCCUCGGCUCAGCUCCGCCGCUCAGCUGCAGGAGGACCGGCUCGGCUCCCGGGCACACCGGCGCUUCUCCGGCGCUCCGCACCGCUGCUCCGGGAACAGGGACGACCUCACACAAACCGCAGCGCCGUCUAAACACUACGCUUAGUCCUGCUCAUUUCCAGCUUUUCUACUUCAAACUGAAGGAGUCCGUGUAACUUUGAGAACUCUGUACUUAUGUUUUGUUGCUGUAACUUUAUUCGGGCAUUAUUAUCACGGGCAUGUUGGAAGUGAGUGAUUUACUAUUUCUGUAGUCGACCCUGAUGUGGGGGUUUGUUGGACAUGUGUAAGGUGUAGGGUUCACUAUUAGUCUUUAGACUUUGGUGAGGAUAAGAGGGGAGAGUGGAGAGGUUGACAUGUGACUGAGGUGUGAUGGAGCUGUUUUGCGGGAUGCUGCUGCGCUCCUGAAGACCGGCGUCGGGGGGAGACUUCACUCCGGAGUAAAACUACCCCAACAAAGGUCUCUGUUGCCCCGUUGGGACUGAGACACAGCCAGCCUUCCUGCCCCGGCCCCGGCCAGCUCCAGCCCUCCUGCCCCGGCCAGCUCCAGCCCUCCUGCUGCCCCGGCUCCGGCAGGUCCUGCCCCCCCGGCCAGCGGGCCCUCGGGCCAGCAUGGCCCCCGGCCCGGCGGGCCGCGGCUGGUUGCCGUGGAGACGGACCCUGCUCGCGCUCUGGCUGUGCGCCGCGGGAGCGCGCGGAGCCGACGACGGAAACCCCUUCAACGCAGAGUCAUGGCUGAGGACGUACGGCUACCUGCCCCAGGCCAGUCGACAGAUGUCAACCAUGAGAUCAGCGCAGAUCCUGUCCGACGCCAUCAGUGACAUGCAGCGCUUCUACGGUCUGGAGAUCACUGGACAGAUGGAUCCUCAAACCAUCAGUGCCAUGAAGAGACCCCGCUGUGGUGUGCCUGACAAGUUCGGAGGGCAGAUCAAAACCAAUGUUCGGCGGAAACGCUACGCGCUCACUGGACAUAAAUGGAGCAAGAGCCAUCUCACAUACAGUAUUCAAAACUAUACUCCCAAAAUUGGAGAGUAUAACUCGUUUGAGGCCAUCAGGCGGGCCUUUAAAGUCUGGGACAGCGUGACCCCGCUGACCUUUGAAGAAAUCCCCUACCAGGAAAUCAAAUAUGGACGCCGCAAGGAGCCCGACAUCAUGAUCUUCUUUGCUUCGGGCUUUCACGGAGACAGCUCUCCUUUUGACGGGGAGGGGGGCUUCUUAGCCCACGCCUACUUCCCCGGGCCUGGGAUGGGCGGGGACACGCACUUCGACUCUGACGAGCCGUGGACUAUAGGGAACCACAAUAUACAAGGUAAUGAUCUGUUUCUGGUAGCCGUCCAUGAGCUUGGACACGCUCUGGGUCUGGAGCACUCCAACAACCCGCUGGCCAUCAUGGCUCCCUUCUACCAGUGGAUGGAGACGGACAAUUUCCAGCUGCCAGACGAUGACCGACAUGGCAUUCAACAGAUAUAUGGUCAGCCGGACGGCAGCCCCACCAAGGCCCUGCCCACCGUGGUGCCGCGCCGGCCAGAGCCCCGGCCCCCCCAGUCCCCCCCCCGGCCCCCGGACCGGCCCAGGACCACCGACAGACCCGAUCACUACGGGCCCAACAUCUGCGAAGGGAACUUUGACACCGUUGCAAUGCUGCGCGGAGAGAUGUUCGUUUUCAAGGGCCGCUGGUUCUGGAGGGUGCGCAGGAACCGGGUCCUCGAUAACUACCCCAUGCCCAUCGGCCACUUCUGGAGAGGUCUGCCUGGAGACAUAGACGCGGCGUACGAGAGGCAUGACGGCCGCUUCGUCUUCUUCAAAGGAAACAGAUUCUGGGUUUUCCGAGAGGCAAACCUUGAACCGGGCUAUCCCCUGGAGCUGCCUCACUAUGGUCACGAUAUUCCCCACGACCGCAUAGACACAGCCAUCUGGUGGGAGCCGUCAGGCUACACCUACCUCUUUCAGGGUGACAGGUACUGGCGCUUCAGUGAGCAGUCCCGCGCAGCGGACCGGGGCUAUCCGAAGUCAAUCAGCGUCUGGGGAUCCUCGGUGCCUGCUACUCCCAAGGGAGCCUUCCUCAGCGAUGAUGGAGCGUACACCUUCUUCUAUAAGGGUUCCAAGUACUGGAAGUUUGACAACCUCCGCAUGAAGAGCGAGCCGGGCUACCCUAAAUCCAUCCUGAGAGAUUUCAUGGGCUGCAGCGUGGACCUGGAUCCCGACAGAGACACGGACUCCGGACGCAAAUACCCAGACACCAACCACCCGCCGGUCAACCCGGACGCGGGGCGCGACGGGGACAAGAACAAAGAGCAGGACGGGAAAGACGGCGAAGGAACGAACGGAGACACGGAUAAAGGGACAGACCCCGACAAAGACGAAGACUACCGCGAGGGCCGCGAGGAGGACACCAACGAGGUGGACGUGGUGCUGAAGGUGGACGACAGCGAGGAGCGGACCAUGAACAUUCUGAUGGUGACCAUCCCGCUGGUCUUGGUGCUGUGCAUCCUGGGACUCAUCUACGCCAUCAUCAACACGCUGCAGAGCAAAGGGGCGCCGCGGCUGCUGGUGCACUGCAAGCGCUCGCUGCAGGACUGGGUCUGACCCGCCGACCGAGGAGGCUCGGGACUGUGAACUUGAAUCAGACUGUCGAUACCUCCCCUCCUCUAAUCUACGCCUCUCCCCGGUCAAACAUAUGUCUCAAGUGUGUGUGCUCGGCGCGCCUGCAGCUCGUAGUGUAGUAGAUCCAUGCAGAUACAUGUACUGAUGCAUAGGCAUACACAUACUAAAAGCAAGCAUACAUUAUGACACACACACACCACCUAAACCUCCUCCUGCCUCCCAUGGUGCUCUACAAAGCAGUGACUGUAGUCUAUUUAUAUGAAAGAACUUUGCACAUAGUUUUUUUUUUUAUGUUUUGUUUUGGUUCAUUCUGUGUGACUUCUUGUUGUUGUUAUUGUUUUAAUUUCUAAACCAGGAAGGCCA